AUGGGAUCAAAGAGUCCUGAAGGGCACCGGCAGACUCCUGAUGCCAACUCUCUCGAAGUCAAGCCGGUCAAUGUCAACUCCAAAGUCUCUCAAAGAGGCUCGGGAUCAGCAGAUCUGGAUCGUGGGAUCAUCGAUGACGAUGGGGACGAUGACGACGAUGAUGGCCAGGAAGAGGCCGGGAUAAUUACCUCCCCUUUCAAUAUCGAAAACAAAAAGAAACGCAAGAGGUCCAAAAAGAAGAAGACCAAAAACGGAACCCUUCCAGCAGGGGAGCUCAAGCAAACGAGCCCACCGCGUGUGCUGGUCUCGAACCUAUUCCCGUCUGGCUAUCCCGCAGGAGAGCUUGUCCCGUACGAAAACACGUCCCGCACGACCGAUGAAGAGACGCGCUACAAUUCGCGUCUCUGGGACGAGGACUUUCUCACGGAUUACCGCAAAGCGGCCGAGAUUCAUCGGGAAGUUCGUCAGUACGCCCAGAGAGAGCUCAUCAAGCCCGGUAAAGGUCUUUUCUCAAUUGCUGAGGGAAUCGAAGAUGGUGUUCGCGCACUGUCCGGCCAUCAGGGACUCGAACCCGGAGACGGGUUCAAAGCGAGCAUGGGAUUCCCCACUGGGCUGUGCUUGAAUAACAUUGCGGCUCACUGGACGCCGAACCCUGGCGGAAAAGACGUCAUUCUGAAAAACGAUGAUGUACUUAGUGUAGACUUUGGCGUGCAGGUGAAUGGUCGUAUUGUCGAUUCGGCUUUUACUGUCGCCUUCGACGACAAGUACGACAAUCUCCUCACCGCUGUCAAGGAGGCAACCAAUACUGGAAUUAAGCAUGCUGGCGUUGACGCACGUAUGAGUGACAUUGGCGCCGCGAUCCAGGAGGUGAUGGAAAGCCACGAAGUCGAGCUUGACGGCAAGACUUUUCCUGUGAAAGCCAUCCGAGACUUAACAGGCCACAAUAUCCUCCGCUACCAUAUCCAUGGCGACAAGCAGGUCCCCUUUAUCAAAAACAACAGCCGCCAGAAAAUGGAGGAGGGAGAUGUGUUUGCCAUUGAGACUUUUGGGAGUACUGGCCGAGGUAUCACGCGCGAUGAUGUAGGAAUAUACGGCUAUGGAAGAAACGAGGACGUUUCAGGUGCCCACCUGCGUCUUUCAUCGGCGAAGUCUCUCCUCAAAACCAUUGACGCCAAUUUUGGAUCUUUGGUUUUCUGCCGUCGAUAUCUUGAGCGACUUGGAGUGAAGAAUUAUCAUCUCGGGAUAAAAAACCUCGUUGAUAAUGAUAUCCUCCAGCCUCAUGCACCCCUUGUUGACAUCAAGGGCUCAUACACGGCGCAGUUUGAACAUACCAUUCUACUUCACAGUGGUGGAAAGGAAGUCAUCAGCCGUGGUGACGACUAUUAG